AUGGCCACCACCACCACUACCAUGAGUAACAAUGACCUUACGCACGCUACAGUGAAGCUGAAAUGGGAGGAUCGGGGCAGAGUUCGAGUCUGCAACUUUUUUUUUCUUCCCCCUGCUUGGCCCGCGUCCCGGAGAGAGGCGGUCGGCGUGGGGGAGGGGAGGGCGGGGCUCGAGACUCCAGUUCGCUCGGCUGCUAGCGCUGCUUUCUGUUCGCGUCGGCGGAGAGGCCGCGACAACCGCAUCAGAGCUGACGUGGGCGCGACGUGGGGCCGCCGCCGCCGGGUUGCCUGGGCGGCGGCCGUCGAGCUCUGCUGGCGCGCCAGCCUCGCAUCACAGCCCGCGGCGGGCGGCGGCGGCUGCUCGGGACGCGGCCUUCCUCCCGGCCUGCCCUGCCCUGCCCUGCCCUGCCCUGCUUGCCCUGCCCUGCCCUGCCCUGCCCUGCCCUGCCUUGCCCUUGCCGUGCCCUGCCCUGCCCGCACGGCCGCCCGCCCGCUCGCGGCUCGCCACCGACAGCUCACCAAAGUCCCGAGCGUGCAGCGGGCCGUCCGCGCUCGCCCUCUUCCGCGCCUCAUGUGGGUACCGGCGGGAAAGCCUUCCCUCAGAGAGCCGGGCGACCGCUCGGGCUCCUCGGUCUUGACAGGAAAAAGGCGCCCAGAGGCCGUCGGGCCUGCUCGCCACAACCCUGGGACCGCCGCAGCGCCUUCACCCCAGCGUGGCGUACGCGCUGUAGAUAGAAAAAUAAUGUACCUCGUGUCUUCAAAAAGCGAGGCGCAGGGACUGCACGAUCGAGCCAUCUGGGCCCACCCACUGCAGAGCCGGUGUCUGCAACCGCCAGCUUUCCCUGGCAGGCGCUCACGGUGCCAGCACCCUACCCGGGGAAGCGGCUGUCUGCCCACCAUCGGCCCCAAAGUCCAGCUGGAGCCCCCUCCCCCAUCGGUGUGGCUUGGGUGACUUCCUGCUUUUCUGCCCUGUGUGAGUCGGGGCGGACUCGACUGCCCUCAUCCAACAUCACAUUAAUUAAUUAAUAAUUGAUGUUCGUGUUUUCACUCUGCUCACACCAUCUUUCUCCCAGUUUUUGAUAACAAGCUUGUUUCCCUUUGUCAGCUACCUGUUCUCCGAAUCUCUGAACUUCGGACUCCUUCUCGAAGGAGCACUGUGUUCAGACAAUAUGUUUUGGCCAAUAAAUGUGAUUAUCCGGAAAAAAAUUUAUUUUUGAGAGAGGAUCUCAAGUAGCCCCAGUUCCUUGAACUUCUGAUCCUCCUGUCACCUCCUGGUGCUGGGAUUGUAGACAUGCACCAUAGUGAAACUUUAGAAAGGGGUUUUAAUCCUUCACACGUGAACCGUAAUUGCUAUAUUAAAUAGUGAAAUGACACGAGCGAUUUUGGUGAAGCCGUAAAUAGAUCAGUGUUAACCAGUGUUUUCCCAAGUGAUAGUGCUUCAUGUGGAAUCAUAUUGGGAAGUGUGAAAUUAUAGUUACAGUGAUGUUAUAUGUAUGUUUGUAAGAUAUGAAUAAAUUUUAAAUGUAUAAACACA